AUGGCGAUCAUUGGUGCCACAAUCCAGAUCUCUACUGGUAAUCUUGACUGUCAAGCUCUUUAUUACUCUGUUUCUAAACAAACCAUGACAUCAUUCACAACACUCACAACCGACAUGAUGGAGACUACCUUGGUAUUAGAUACUCUCAUGUCAAGUGAUGAGGUAUCCAUGGAUACAGAUGAAGGAACAUUGAUAGUUACUUAUCCAAGAUACAUCCAAAUCAUUGCAUGUACAGUGGGUAUACCUAUCAUUAUAGUUGGAGCAGUAGGGAAUCUACUUACUAUUCUAGCUGUAGCAAAGAGUAAGCGACUAUGUGCAAACACUAUGAAUCUCUACAUUGUCAGUCUGUGCAUUUCUGACAUUCUCUACUGCUCUACAAUCCUUCCUGUUCUGCUCACUGUAUAUACUCACAAUGCAUGGAUAUUAGGACAGACCUAUUGCAAGAUCUAUGCAACACUUCUCUUCACAUUUGUAGGGGCAACCCUGAUGUGUCUGGCAGCAAUAGCUCUCAGUCGAUACUUCAAGAUACGUCACACUGUUAUCUACAAUCGCUUAUUUACAAAGUAUUUAUUCAUCAGUGGUCUGAUAGUCAUAGCAUGGAUACUUCCCAUUUUAUUCCUGUUUCCAGCUAUCAUUGGAGUUUGGGGUGGGAUAGGAUAUGAACCAAGAACACUGACCUGUACCUUUCUAAGGGAACAUUCCUCCUAUAAUCGUUUCUUUAUGGUCUCAGCCCUUAUCUUUCCCACAACAUUCAUUGUUACCUUCUAUCUACGUAUCUUCUGUAUCGUCCAGGCAAGUAACCGGCGUAUAAACAACCAUAACAUACAGCUACCUGCCCCAUCUAAUGUAACCCAAACAGAAGGACAGCAACGCAAGAGAUACAUAAGAGAUGAUCUUUCCUUCACUCGUAUGAUGAUUGCUAUCUUCCUGAUCUUUAUCAUCUGUUAUUUCCCCUACAUGCUUACUAAUCUCAUUGACCCUGAGGUCAAGAUAUUAGACUUGCAUUUUUUUGCUGGCAUGUGCUGUUGGUUCAGUAGUUGUCUCAAUCCUCUACUAUAUGUAUUUAUGAAUAAACAUUUCCGCCGAGCAUUUGCAAACUUGCCUUUUUGGCGUAAUGAGAGCACAAAUACUUAG